UUUCGUGGUGAGGAUUGGUCACGCGCCGUUUGCUCAGACAGAAGAAGACGCUUGCGCAUGCGCAGAGUGGGGAAAACAAAAUAACGUGCAAGGGGUUCGUACAACGUGUAAAAGUAGUAAACACUUGUUUCAGCCUUUUUUCAGGACCCUUGACUGAACUCCUUUCCAUCUAUGGGAGGCGCAGUCUCUGAGGCUUCAAAAGGAUGAAUCCCCACAAGGACGACAAGCCCUCUAUUUACAAACGUGUGGUGUUGAAGGAUGCCUCUCCAUAUCAGUACUUGAAAGUUUGCCUUGAGCUGGAGAAGAGUUCAACCAGACUGAGUGCAGUUGAAUUGAAGCACUUUAUCAUCACAGGCUUGAAGAGCCUCUUUGGAGAGGUGGGUGCGUCUUUGUACUUUGACAUCUUGAAGUAUGAUAGAGACACCCGAACUGCUCUUCUGCGAGUGUGCAGCAGGGGUUUGGUGAAGCUGUGGAGCUCCUUGACUCUGUUGGGUUUCUACCAGAAGCAGAAGUGUGCCUUCAGAGUGAUGCAGGUGUCUCCGUUCCUGCUGGCACUGACAGCAAACAGCCGAGAGCUGCAGCUGGACUGAGGCUCAUCCUUCAGGAUGAGGUCCAUGUGGGGUCAAGUCAGAACUUUGCUGUCCUCCUCCAUAUUCACUGGGGCCCCUCAUUGCUGCUGUC